UAUCGGCCCAGUCCCUCCCGUUCAACACCAAUACCAUCGUUCUCGUUCGUCCCGUUGCAUUGUGGCAGUUUUUGCCUCAGUCUUCGCACACGAUCGAUAGAUACCAUUUUCUUAUGAUUUUAUUGAUACCUUAAUAGCUGUACACAAGAUAAUGGAGACCAAUUGGAGAAUGUUUAAGUGCAAAUCUGGGGAAGUAUUAUUUUAUUACAACAUGAUCACUGGCGAGCACAGAUGGUCUAAUGGAGCUAACAUUCCACAAUGUGAACCUGACCUGGAGAUAGGGGGGAGCUCAGCCAUGACCCAAUUGAGAACUGUCAGUACCCAGACAGAAGCUGAAUCCCCUGAAAACACACAGGAACCCAAAAGCUUCUGCGGAACAAGAACCACAGAGGCUGUAACACAUCAGUAUGUCAAGAAAAGCACAAUAAUCUCUCUGCUUACAGAUAUUAUGGUGGUGCUAAACAACACUGAACAUUAUGCUUCAGCUGUUUUCUGUGAGGAGCCAAAGGUUAUUAUACAAAAAGAACUUCCAACAAGCCCUGAGUUGACUUGUGAUAAGCACUGUUGUCAUUUUGUCCAGUCUUCAGUGCCACAAACAUCAGGCUCUGUUGAAUGUAUGGAUGUUCAGACUGAGAUUGAAUCUGAUGUUAUGGAGAGGCCAUUAGAAGAGACUAAUACAAGCAGCUCUGUAUAUCAUGCUUCAACAAUUGAGGGGAACAGUGAUGAUUGUAUUACUGACAGUAAUAUGACCACAGAUACUGGCCAUAAAGGUUUAAACGGAAUCCAUUUUGAUAGGACCCAGGCACAUGGUGACAAGGAAGAUAUCCAAACUAGCACACACUUCUUGAAAUCACCUUUAGCAGUCUUUGAGUAUUCUGAGGAAGAUGCUCAGCAGCAAUCUACACUUAGUAAACAACAACAACAACAACUACAAGAACAACCUGUCUUUGAGUAUUGUGAUCAGGGGGAUGCUGAGCAGCAAUCCACUAAUAUAGUAUUGGUGAGCAAACGACAACAGCAACUAGAAGAAAAGAAGCAACAACAACUGCAACAUCUUAUUACAUCCAAGACCCAACCAAUGCUACCAACUAAAAUGCCAACAACUCAAGUCAUUGAAUUACUUGAACAUGAAAGAAAUGAGACUCUGCAUGAAAUAACACAGCGUGAAUGCGAAGUGGUACUACAACACAGAAUGUUAGACAGUCGACAAAAGCAGUCUCUGCUAGACAUACAUCAACAAACUACAACCAACAGCAUGCUACUGGGAUCUGAGAGCCUUUCACAGUCGAAUGUGUCUAUCCACCAUCUCAACCAGUCAAAUCAAGUGGCUUCCCAAAGUCAAUCACAUAUACAGCAUAGAUUGUUAAGCAAUCAAGCCCCGCUCCCACAAGGAGCCUCUCACAUCUUCCCAAAUGGCCAACUUAAACAACCAUCCUCCAUUAUAAAUAGCGGUCAACUCCAACAACUGCAGUACAGAACACCUAUCAGUGCUAAUAAGUCCAUUAUUCCACAGACCUCACAACAACCAACAUCAAGUCAGCAAUCAUUGUCAUCAGGAAGUCAACAUCCUCUGUCGUCAAGCAGUCUACAAAAGCCGCUAUCACUGGAUUUCUCCUCACAAAUACAAGAUUUACAAUGCCCCUUGUGUGGAAUUGCAUACCGUACAUCAAGAGAUCUCAGGAUCCACUUAAACACACAUGUUACAAAGGAUGGAUGUUGCCCUAUCUGUGGCAAGUCCUACUCCUCCAAGUCUGGCUUGCUCUACCAUUUCCGUAAUCACACUGGGGAUCAACCAUAUAAAUGUGACUUUUGUAACGCAAGUUUUUCAUGCUCAAGUAACUUCAAGACACAUGUUAUAAGAUGCCAGCAAAACCCAAUCAAAAAUCAGAUGAAUUAGUAAAAUAUGGGAUUGCUAUUGAAUUUGAAAUAAUAUUAACCCAACUCACAAACCCUUGUGAGCUACCUAAGCACGGAACAUGAAAAGUUUUUUGUACACAAUUUCCUUAGCUCUCUAACCCAUGGUCUUAAAGGCUGACUUUCUAUUGUUUUUUAGUUGCAUUUUAUUUUAUAUAUUCUUUUAUAUCCUAAUGGAUGCAAUAUUUUGGCUUAUUGGUACACAAAAUUAUGAGAAUUUUUUAA